AUGCUCACACGACACGGAGUCAUCUCGUGGCUCGCCUUGUCGACUCUGGCAGCCGCCAACCCUCCAGCAGCACCACCAGCACAGCAGCAAUGUGAGCCACCCAAGACCGAGACGAUUGUCCACACCGUCCAUGAGAUCGUUCAUGUUCCCAAAACAAUCCACGAGACGGUCCACGUCACGUUACCGGGAGAAGUGAUGACAGUCCACGUGCCCGUCCCGACAACGAUACAUCAAAUCGAGACUGUCCACGUCACGGUGCCACCGCAAGUGGUGACGGAAACGAUACACAUCACGACCACAGUUACAAGCGAGCACAUCCGGACGGAACGGGUGGUCGAAACGAAAAAGGAGGUCCAGACUCUUCCUCCUCCUCCGCCGCUGCCGCCAGUCACACACGUCCAGACUCUAGUCCAUACAGUCAUUCACACGGUUCCUCCUCCGCCUCCCCAGAUUGUCAAGGAAACAGUCUAUAUCACACAGCCUCCUCAAGUCGUGAAGGAAACUAUACAUGUCACCCAACCGCCCCAGAUUAUUAAAGAAACGGUUCACGUCACCUUGCCUCCGCAAACGAUCCACGUCACACAGCCGCCUCAGAUCGUUCAGGAAACGGUCCAUGUCACACAGCCUCCUCAAGUCGUGAAGGAGACGAUCCACGUCACCCUACCUCCGCAGACAGUCCAUGUCACUGAGCCGCCUCAAAUCGUCAAGGAGACUAUACAUAUCACCCAACCGCCCCAGAUUAUCAAAGAAACGGUUCAUGUCACCUUGCCUCUCUUGCCUCCUCAAACAAUUCAUGUCACUCAACCUCCGCAGGUCGUAAAGGAGACCGUCCAAGUUACCCUUCCUCCCCAGACAAUCCACGUCACUCAGCCACCGCAAGUAAUCAAGGAGACUAUCCACAUUACUCAACCUCCUCAGAUUAUCAAGGAGACUCUGCCGCCCCAGAUCGUCAAGGAAACCGUUCAUGUCACUCUGCCUCCAGUCAAGGAGACAAUCCACGUGACCUUACCUCCGGUAAAGGAGAUCAUCCACGUCACUCAACCUCCGCAAGUUGUCAAGGAGACGAUUCACAUCACGCAGCCUCCCCAGAUCAUCAAGGAAACUCGUCCGCCUCAAGUCGUCAAGGAGACGGUGCACGUCACCCUCCCUCCCCAGGUGGUAAAGGAGACAAUUCAUGUCACUCUACCUCCCCAUAUCAUCAAGGAGACAGUUCACGUGACGCAGCCACCUCACAUUAUCAAAGAAACAAUCCACGUCCCUCAGCCUCCGCAGACUGUACACAUAACUCAACCUCCCCAACUCAUCCACGAAACGGUUCACAUCACCCAAACGGUCAGCCACUGCGUGGCAACAAUUGCGGUGCCGGUCAUAGGCCACCAACCCUCCCCAACUCCGGAAGCGCACCCAUCAGUAGCACCCGUGAUGCCACCGGCUCAUGAAGCCCCACCACCGAUCCACUCUAUGGCACCGGCGAACCCACACCAGCCCGCUCCUCCGGUCCAAACUCCACCGGCUGAGCACCCUGCGCCGGUUUCUCCCCCAGCUCACCAGGCGCCGCCUGCAGAAGCCAUGCCCGUUCAUACGCCUCCGGCUGAGGCUAUGCCGGUACACACACCUGUUGUGGCAUCUCCCGUUCAUGAAGCUCCGGCAGUUGCACCUCCGGCUCUCUUGGCGCCUCCCGCUGAGCCGGCGCCUCCUGCUCAUCAGAUACCUACGAUCGGGUUCACGCCGAUCAACCCUCCAGCUGAGGCGCCAGCAGCACCAGCUGAGGCGCCGGCACCGCCUGCUCACCCUAUGAAAAUGAGGUUCAUGGCCCGGAAGUAA